AAUUAAAUUUACAAUUGGUAUGAUUGUAACGCAUUCAACGAAACCAUAUUUGUAUUCGAUUAAUAAAUGUUAUCACACUGGCGUGAUAAUUGGAUGGCAUUACAAAUGCAAAGUUAUAUUCGUACGAGAAAAAUUGAAUUCUCUAGUUCCGCAUUUGAGUGAAUGCUGUGAUAAUCAGCACGUAUGUUUAUGCAUAUCUCAAACUUGCAAUUCCAAUGAACCACACUAUAUAAUUCUUACAGAAAAUAACAAAAUAUGUUAUGUACCACAAGAUACUGUAUCAAUAGGUCCACCAAAAUUCAUAAAAAAUAUAGAAAUAGGACGAUACUUUUCUAAAUUCGAAGUUACUCAUUACGUUCCAAAUGAAAACUUGGCGAAAAAUUAUCCGACUGACAUCGCAGUUAUGCACGAAAUAUUUUCUAAUCAAUAAUGUGUAUAGUAAAAUAUGAAGAUAUGAUAUUGUGGAUAUUGUAAAAUUAAAAGUGCAAUGUUAGUAUUACGUCUCGGCUCGGAGAAGGAUGAAUCGAAAAAAGGA